UGCGCUUUUCUCCCGGCAAGGACAGCCUCCAUGUAGCCCGUCGGAGAUCGAGUCAACGGUGAAUCGAUCCAGGCUUCUCCCACUCGACAGGACCGAGAAUGACGAGGGCGUAAAGGAGUCAAGAGAUAAGGCAUACAAGGGGCGUAGAGAGGCGCUGGAUCGCUCAUAAAUGUAUGCAGCACCAAAGGUCGUCCGCGUCUCGUCCAAAGUGCUGCAUUGGCAUCGGCGGUUAUCGUCACCCCUCUGGAGAGUCUGCGCACCCUUCGCUCGCUACUUCCGCUCCGUCGCCCAACUCCAGGCCAGAAAUAGACCGUCGCCACUCGUCAACAUCCCGCGAGAGAUCCUGCCGGUGAUUCCCAAGUCGCUGUUCCCCGAGACCACGGUCUACUACGUCCGGAACGGCUUCGACAACAAACGGACAGGCACUCCGCGUUUCAUCCUCAUCCCAACCGGCGCCCCCGACGAUCCUCAACCACCCAUCACCCGCCUGCGCCCGUCCAGCGGCAUGCUGUGCUACGUCCAGAUCGUGAACACCCCCACGGCCGACACGCCGGGGGGGUGCCUGAUGCUGCACUUCGACAACCGCCGCUACCUCUUUGGCCGCAUGGCCGAAGGCACGCAGCGCACCAUGGUGCAGCGCAAGAUCUCGCUCGCCAAAAUCCACGACAUCUUCCUUACGGGCUCCGUCGACUGGGAUGCCACCGGCGGCCUGCUCGGCAUGAUCCUCACGAUAGCCGACCUCAAAGCCGCCUCGAUUGCCGAUAUCCAGCAGCUCAACGAGAAGCUACGCAACAAGGGCAGGAAGGACACGAAAUCCGUUGUGGCGCAUCUGAACAUACACGGCGGAAAGAAUUUGGUGCACCUGCUGGCCACGGCCCGCCGGUUCAUCCUCAGAAAGGCUCUUCCUGUCUAUCCCCGGGAAGUGCGGCAGGAUACCCGCGCUGGUGUCGACAAGAAGAGCGAACCGGAUUACGAGGAUGAGAAUAUCAGGGUUUGGUCCAUACCACUGUCCAACGAACCCCCAACAGCACCGGCCUCCGAGCCCCGUUCGCCUAAGAAGCGGAAGUUGAGCCCGUCCUCGGAGUCCGAGCCUACCGCCGAGGAAAGUCUGACUUCCGAGGAGGCCGACCAGAGCAUUCGGGAGGCGGUCGUCAAGGACAUGUUCAACUCCCAGUGGAAGCUCGAUACGCUGCGUGAGAUGAGGCUCGCAGACGUGGAGCUCCCUGCCAAGGUCUUCGUCAGAAAUGACAAAGGCCACAUUGAGCCCUACGCCGGCCCGGGACCCGCCGAGGCUCCUGACACCAAAGUGCUCGUGCGGCUGCCCUGGCCGGCAGCCAAGAUCGAGCAGCUGCCCCGUACCCGGCCGUCCAAGCAAUCCAUGUGCUACAUUGUCAAGUGCCAACCGCGGCGAGGCAAGUUCAAUGUCGACGAGGCCAACAGGCUCGGCGUCGCCAGGACGGAUUUCAAAAAGUUGACGGCUGGAGAGAGCGUGCCCGGAAAGGACGGGGCCGUCGUCACCCCGGAUAUGGUCAUAGGGACUCCAAUUGAGGGCCAUGGCUUUGCCGUUGUCGACCUCCCCUCAGCAGACCUGAUCCCUGAGUUGCUCAAACGGCAAGAGUGGUCGGACCCCGGAAUCAUGCAGGGCGUCGAUAACAUGUACUGGAUCCUCUCCAACCACAUCACGUUGGAGGACCCCGAGCUGCGCAACUUCAUAAAAGCCCGUCCGUCCGUCAAGCACAUAGUUCUCGGCAAGGCCGUGUGCCCCAACCUCCUAGCGCUCGAGUCCCCCGCUUCGCAGAUCAUCAAGAUGAACCGCAUCGACGAGCACAGGUUUCCCCUACCCAUAUAUGACACCAAGGAGCUGUCCAGUCUUGGCCAGGACUUAGAGCCUGUCACCGAGAUCGGUCGUGCAGGUCUGAAGUUUCAGCUUGCUCCCAAACCAACGUUCCUUACCGAUGCUCUCGUCCCGGUCAUGGACACGACGAAACCCAUCAAGGAGUUGAUCACUCUCAUGCCGCAAGUCUUACACCUGGCAGAGCUGGCGCGCAAGUCCAUUUCUGAACGUGCAUUCCUCGCCGAGGUUGAGCAGUCACAACGAGAUUUGCCGUGUCCCGAGGCAGAAAUCAUCCCGCUGGGCACCGGCUCGGCCAUGCCGUCCAAGUACCGUAACGUGUCGGCCACUUUGCUCCGGGUUCCGGGCUGGGGCAAUUACCUCCUCGAUUGUGGUGAGAACACGCUCGGCCAACUCCGGCGCUGCUUCGGCUAUCAGGGUGCCGACAACAUCAUUCGGGAUCUCCGUGCCAUCUACAUCAGUCACGCCCAUGCCGACCACCACCUAGGCACCAUCAGCAUCAUCGCUCGCUGGCGCGAGGUCGUCCCGACCGACGACGGGUGCCGGCUCGCCAUCAUCGCCACGCCUAAGUACCAAGGCUUUGUCCGCGAAUUCCACCAGGUGCAAGAACUGAGCCCGGAGCGCCUCGUCCCGAUCAAUCUCCGGCCUAGCACCGCCAAUAACCGACCGGUGCCGGGCACUGUCUCCAACCCGACCUACUACGACAACCACAGCUACGCUGAACACACCCCUUACCUCCCGCGCGUCGAGGCCUGCUACGUCGACCACUGCUUCGAGGCCACGGCCGCCGUCUUUACCUUUCCCGACACGGGCCUCAAGAUCGCGUAUUCAGGCGACUGCCGGCCGUCGCCGGCGUUUGCCGAACUCGGAAGGGGAGCGCACCUGCUCAUCCACGAGUGCACCUUCGACGACGACCUGAGCGGCGACGCGCUCGCCAAGAAGCACUCGACGCUGUCCGAGGCACUCGACAUAGGCAGGCAGAUGCGCGCGCGGCGGAUCUUGCUGACGCACUUCUCGCAGCGGUAUCCUAAGUUGCCUGUCGUGAGCGAGGAGGCGGUGAAGGCGGAGGAGGAGGCGGAAAGUAAAAGGGAUGUGGAGGUGCUGUUUGCGUUUGAUGGGAUGAGGGUCAAGCUGGGCGAGUUUAAGCAGGCCAAGAUGUUCUUGCCCGCGCUGAGGGAGUUGUUGGACGAGGCGGAGAAGGUCGAUGAGAAGGAGGAGUGAACGCCGUGAAACGGCGGGAGCCAACCAAGCGCUUCAUUGACGGAGGUUGAAAAACGGCAACCCAAGAGCUUACGUUAGAGAGACAAUCGUAUGGACCGAUGAUAUAGCUAGGCUUACACCAAGUGUAGACAACUGGCGUCCGGAGAAUACCACCCCAAAUGACUUGCCAACUCCAUA